UUUUAUUUUUUGGGCGAGGGGGGAGUAAUUGGUUUCCAAUUAGAAGAAGCAGCGGGGAGCGCCGGGCAGGGGCAGUAAACAGCGCGUAGACGGGGGCUGUGAUUUCCUCAGGGAGGGGCGGCCGCCGCUCUGCCGUUUUAAUCUGUGCUUUAGCUCCGCUCCGCUUUUUAGGAAGCCAGCUGCGCCAGUAGACCGCACCAGCCAAACAGCAGGACAUCCAGCCCCCAUCCAGGACCCACCAUGGACGACGACUUCGAUCGGCGCAGGGAGCUCCGGAGACAGAAACGCGAGGAGAUGCGUGUGGAGGCAGAGAGGCUGAUGUACCAGCGAAACGAGGAUGACGAGGAGGAGGCGGCCCGCGAGCGAAGGCGCAGGGCUCGUCAGGAGAGGAUGAAGAGCAAGGACUUCGAGGAGCCGGUCACUGUGGCAAUGGAGGACGAGGCUUUGGAUAGCAACAGCGUUUUACUGACCUGCGUUAAAUCGCGUGUCCGCCACCCCGGCAGCGUGGCGGAGAGGGACGCGGCCGGCGGGAAGGGGGACGCGGCCGCCCACAAUGACGAGGAGGGGGACCAUGCGCUCCUGGAGAGACUGGCCAAGCGUGAGGAACGCCGGCAGCGCAGGGUGCAGGAGACGGCAGAGAGGCAGUGGCGGGAGCCCGAAAGCAGCCAGCCCGGCGAGAAGGAAGAGGAGGAGCCUGAGGAGGAGGAAGAGGAGGUGCCAAGGAGGUCCUUCCGGGGCGAGCAGGAAACGGUAUCGGCGCGACCGGCCAGGUCCCAUACAGAGUUAAGCGAAAAGCCUGUGAUUUCCGACGACGAUGCGGAAAGCGCCAUAUCCAGGCCAGAGGCGGAAGAGGAAGAAGGAGGCGUUUCGGGGAACGAAGCUGAAGGGGGCGCUGUAGUCCCCCUGGGGGAGGAGGAUGGGGAGGAGAUGAGACUGGUGGAGGUCGAAGGGACCUCAGAGGAGGAGUUAGGAGAGCAGGAGGUGCCAGGGGAAGGUGCUGAAGGAGGAGGAGGCCUGUCUGAGCAGGAGCUGGUCUGCGAGGAGAUGCUGAGGAGGUCCUUUUCUCGGGAUGAGGAGACCCCAGAACAGCCCAAAUGGUCCCUUAGAAAAGAGGAAAAGCCGGCCGGGGAUCCGGAGCCUGCCUCGCCCCAGAUGGAAAACUCUCCACAGUCCAAGCAGCCGAACGGAGGUCUGAAUGACGACUUCACGGCCAGACACCGGAAACCGGAAAGGACUCUGAGCCGGGGGAGCACGCACUCAGCUGAGGAGGAGCAGGAAGAUGCAGCCCGGCAGGAGGCAGAGCGCAAGCUAGAGGAGCUGAAGCGGAGGCGCGGCGAGACAGAGAGCGAGGAGUUCCAGAGAAUGCGGCAGAGGCAGCAGGAGGCCGAGGCCGAGCUGGAGGACCUCAAGAGGAGGCGGGAGGAGAGGAGGAAGGUGCUAGAGGAGGAGGAGCGUGCCAGGAGGCAGGAGCAGGAGGACAAGAAGGCCAAGGAGGAGGAGGAGAAGAGGAGGAUGAAGCAGGAGAUCGAGAGGAGGCGAGCCGAGGCGGCGGAGAAGAGGCACCGGGUGGAGGACAGCGCCGACGGCGAGAGCAGGAGGCCCUUCCAGUGCCUGGGGCCCAAGACUGGAUCCAUGAAGAUCGGGGAGCGGGCGGAGUUCUUAAACAAGUCAGCCCAGAGAAGUUCCGUGAAGACGUCGCACUCCCCCAUCGUGUCCAAGAUCGACAACCGACUGGAGCAGUACACCACUGCUGUUCAGACCAACAAAGAAGUCAAGGCCCCCAAGUCGGCAGCCGUCGACCUGCCUGUGGUAACAGACGGAGUCCGCAACAUCAAGAGCAUGUGGGAGCGAGGGAAUGUGUUCAGCUCUGCCGGAACCCCAGGCUCUACUAACAAGGAAACAGCCAGCAUGAAGAUAGGUGUCGCCGGAAGGAUCAAUGACUGGCUGAACAAGGUCCCAGAGAGCAGCAAAAGCGGGGGAGGGAAGCCCGUCGACCUGAGGCCUGGUGAUGUCACCAACAAGCGUAACCUCUGGGAGAACAAGGGCUCCGCCCCUGACAAGCGUAAGAUGCCAGUCAGAAUGCAAGCAAAGGUCGGACUCGCAGGGGAAGACGGACGUGGGUUGCAGGUGACCGCUGGAGGAAAGAGUAAAUCGGCCACCAAUGCAGGACACUAACAGCACCACCAGGUGGCAGGAGGAGAAGGCUGCACCCAGCAAGGAGAUUCUCCCUGUCGCCACAAUAUGCAUAAAAUACCAAGCAGGGGAUUUUCUGUAACCCUGGCGGGGAGAUGGGGAGGGGGGUGGGGGGAGGUUCAAAAGGGAUUAUAAAUGCAUAUUAGCACUGUAUGUAAAAGCCCAGCACCUUAACACGUCACCGUAACGAGCCUUUGCACAAAACCUUUACUGCUCUUUGGAAUCGACGCUGUGAAACUCUGGUCAUGUUCACGUCUGAUUUCACGUCAAGCCACAGAGGAAAACCAAAGCCGUGGUGAGUGGCGGCACAGGUUUGGCGCCGUGGCUGCGGUUUAACGCCCUCCUGUCCACGGCGUGGUAUUCUGCCUUGAACCUUGCGCCAGCUGGCAGUGGUACUGAUGGUAGAGACUCACGAAAUACUUCAGGUCAAAUAUAUAAUAUACGAAAAAAUAUCAGAUAAAAUAUAUGUUAGUGCAUAUAUUUAGUCCUGAUCUUUUGAUUAUAUGUCACAGCUUUAUUUCAUAUUUGUUCACCUUUUGUAUGCAAACUUAAUAGCCGCUCUUAGACGCAUUUACAGAAAUAUCAUUAUUGAGGCCACUGUCCUCUGAAGCUUUAUUUUUCACGUUUUACGAAUGCGCAGUGGUUGUGCCCUCCUGCCAACAGAGGCAUGGAGUGAUGCUGGUUUUCUCGGUUAGUAGUGCUGUUGACUAAUCUUUCUCUGCUCCUGGGUGCACAACAAAGACCGUGCCUGAGACUGCAGAUUCCUCCCGGGUGAAUGUGGGCCUCAUCUGUUAACACCAGCCAGGACUGAGUAUGCUGUGGUCCGCGCUGUGGGCAUUUCUCAUCAUUACCGGAUUGUUACAUCUUUGCAUAAAAAUGACCGUGAAUCAAAGAUGGCCGCCCCAUUAUUACUACACCCAUGAAUAUCUGUGCCAGGCAGGCAGCCUGGUCCGGUCUGGUCUGGUCUGGGCCUAUCGCAGCUCAGAGCGGGUGCCUGCGAGCGAGAGCCUCCAGAGCUGAAUAGAGGUUGUAUUUCAGAGUAAAAAUGUUCAAUCUUGUGGUAUUAUCCCAUUUCACUAGUGCCAGUUGUCUUACAGAGCGAUACUGAAAGCCAGCACGUGGCAAAGGCUAUCACUGUUUACACUGAGAAAUCGGAGGAUUUGGUGACGAAAGAAACAGGAAGUGCAGGAUGGGAAUGGAUCAGGUACAGGAAGUAGGGCGGGAAUUGCGUGGAUGGGACAAACGGAACAGCUACAGGAAGUGCAGGAUGGGAAUGGAUCAGGUACAGGAAGUAGGGCGGGAAUUGUGUGGAUGGGACAAACAGAACAGCUACAGAAAGUGCAGGAAUGGAUGAGGGGAGAAAUGGAUCAGAUGGAGGAAAUAUGAAGUUAAGAAUGCAGCAAGAGAAGAGCUUUGGAAUAUGCUGGUAUUAUUUUUAAUCAAAUUAUUUAAACACUGAGAUUUGUAUUCAGGAAAAUCUACCUUUUAUAUUGAAAACAAGUAUUACAGGGGAAAUAUGUUCUAAAUUAUUUUAAUAGGAAGUGUUAUAGAGUAGACGUAGUUUUAAAUGUUUGAGUGUAGAGUACAGUCCUGUACAAUGCAUCCGUGCGCUUUCUGGGACACAUUCAAACUGGUCAGGUCACAGUAUGGUCAAAUGUGAGCUGGGCUGCCAGAAUCCCUACAGCAUGUCCAGUUCAGAAAUAUCCAGUGUGCAGUUUAUAGUGACAACACUGCCGCGGAUCGCUCCACUUGUUCGUGGUAAGAGUUGGGUGACUUUGCAUUUAUUAAGCAGAUCCUGACCACUCACGGUAACAGUGAUCUCUUUCUAUUACAGACUGUCCUUUCCCCCCCCCCCCACAUUAUGAGCAAAGCAAUGCAACUUGUGUCCUUGCAAUAUCUGCAGCUUGUGUUACUGUGUAAAAACUAUGGGUAUGUCUACAUGUAGAGGAUAGCUUAAUGUCUUGAAGACAAAUUACAUCGACAAUAAAGAGGAAACUGUCCAAAAGGG